AUGGCUCUCGUCGUCAUGUAUCAAGCGCUCCCCCAGAACGUCCUUCUCAUGGUGGCUGAAAAGGAUUCUGCCAAGCUAGAGGGGAAGACGCUAAAGACGAUGCAUGUUGGAGUGGAGAGAGUCAAGGAGGCAAAAGUGAAAACCUUGAAGACACACUUCGAGGAGAUUCACAUGAAAAAUGGGGAGUUGGUGGAUGAUAUUUCCAUGAAAUUGACAUCCAUCGUGAAUAGUAUCCACUCGUUUAGAGAAAAGGUGGAGGAGAUCUCCUUCGUCAAAAAGUUUCUUAGAGUCGUACCACAAACAUACAUGAAGAUCGUUAGUGCGAUUGAGCAAUUUGGUGACCUCAAGAAUAUGACCGUCAAGGAGAUUUACGGGCACUAUGCGACCGAGUGUCCUAAAAAAAGGCGCAACGAUGAGGCAAAGCUCACUAGCUUCUAUGACAAGGAUUCAUCAUUAAUGUUUGCUGAGGGAGUGAAGAACUCUUUGCCCGAAGACGAGGAGACAAACCUCGAAGAUUUCAUGCAAGAAUUGUCCAAGGAGGAAUUAAAGGUGGUGUUCGUCAAUGAAGAGAAAUUCAUGGUGAACCUUCUCGAAAAUGGGAAUGAGUAUAAUCACACCGACGUGUGGUACCUUGACAAUGGAGCAAACAACCAUAUGAUGGUACAUCGAGAAAAGUUCAAUGACCUGAACACGAAGAUCAACAGAAAUGUGAAGUUCAAAGACAGAAGCAAGACACACAUGUUUCUUGAUCUGGCUUGCAAGAAAAUCCGUGUGAGCAGAGAUGUCGCGUUCGAAGAGGAGAAUAAGUGGGAGUGGUGCAAUGACAACAACGAGCUCGUACAAAAUUCCAUGGAGUUCGGAAUCCUACGAGAUGCCUAUAAGGAGGCACCACUUGUAGAGAUAUAUCGUGAUGAAUUGUUGUUGUUCACCAUCGACUAG